UUACGGCGUGCUUGAAAUCGAAAACAGAAUAAUAGAUUAUAAAAUAUGCUUUUAUACAUUGAUGGCUUUUUAAAGCUAACAUGGAGUUCAGUUCAGGGGCUGGGUUCUUUCAAUUUUUCUUUGUCUUGGCAAAUUUUAAUUGUAAAACUGAUCAAAGUAUCAAAAUACAUAGCUAAUAAUUCAGACAUUUCGUAUGUAACAUUUUAAGUUCAUGGAUUUGGUUGUACUGUUCACCUGGUUUUGUUUCUGAACGGGAUAGUGCAAGUACAUUUUAGAUAUGUAAGUUUGUUGACGACCAAAUUGGACGAUUGCGAAUGCGGCGUAGUCACCAUGGUGAUCCGGUUUCUUUCGCCGCACUGUGAUGACGCCAGAGCUGUGUUGCUAAUGGCUGUCUUGCGGAAGGAAGCCUGUAUAAAUCUUAAAAGGGGCGCAGGAGACAUUCCAGAGAUCCUGCAUACGAUUAAGUCCAGAUGUACAUGAAAUUUUUAUCCAGACUCUUCUCUGCAAUGGCAGGACCAAGACCCAUCGUGUUGAGUGGACCAUCUGGAGCAGGGAAGAGUACACUGCUGAAAAGGCUUCUCAAGGAGUACGACGGCGUCUUUGGCUUCAGCAUCUCCCACACGACGAGGAAACCGCGACAGGGGGAAGAGGAUGGCAAAGAUUACUAUUAUGUUUCCCGGGAGGCCAUGCAGGCUGGUAUUGCUAAGGGUGAAUUCAUUGAGAGUGCAGAAUUCUCUGGCAAUAUGUAUGGGACGAGCAAAGCGGCAGUGCAGGACGUCCAGGCAAAGAACCUGAUUUGCAUCCUGGAUAUUGACAUGCAGGGUGUGAUGAAUAUUAAGAAGACAGACCUCAACCCGAUUUACAUCACAAUCCACCCGCCCUCUCUUGAAGCCUUGGAGAAGCGUUUGAGAGACAGGAAGACGGAGUCUGAGGAAAGUCUGCAGAAGCGUCUGGAUGCAGCACGUGUUGACAUGGAGCUCAGCAAACAACCUGGAAUUUUUGAUGUAUUGAUUGUUAAUGAUGACUUGGAAAAUGCAUACAGGCAGCUGAAAGAUGCUCUUAUUGAGGAAAUCACGAAGGUCCAGAGUGCCAAGAAGUCCUAAGAGGACACCAGCACGAUGCCAUUCCAGUUACGCCAUACUCCACCCCCCAUUCCAUCUAUUGUCCAUCUCUGGAUACCUACCAGAACACUCUUAUUUUUGUUUUGUUCUAUACCUGCUUAAUGGAGAUAGACAUUUUACUGUUUUUAGGUGAAGAAAGUGAAGUCCAGUUAGACUGACUUUUUUUUUUAUUAUUAUUAAAAAAAGUGCAACUAAAUGUCUCACAUCCACUGGCCUCUGUUACAAAGGACAGAAGCUAAUGGUUAAUGUGGGUUUGUCUUGACGCUGCAGGAAGUCCAUCCAUGCCAUUUUUAGCGCUUUCCGCAAUUUGCCUCAAGAAAUGGUUGCUGUUACAAAUUAACGUACUGCGUUUUCGAUAAAUGCACAUUGCAGAAACAUUUAAGGGAGUUCAUCCUCAAGGGCCACAGGGUUAGUGCCGUAACAUGCUGGCUACAAUGCGAAUUUAAAACUAUUCUGUAGGUUGCUAGUGAUCUAACGCAAAGGCGGAAAUAAGUUGAAUUCUGGCUCUUAAUGGAAAGAACCUAAACUAGCCUCCACGUGAAUAGUAGUGACUGAAACGGGUAAAUGUCUUUUAAAAAAGGUUACAUUUUUUUAGUCCAUUUACUACAAAAAUCUUGUUUAAAUUGUUUAGCACUGAACUGUACCGUUUUCAAUCUUAAAUCAUUUUAAAUUCUUGGGUGCAGGUGCUGCUUUGUCAGGAGUCCGUUCAAAUACAAUUUUUUUUAUUCUUGGAAAUCUGACUACACCAGAAGAACUACUGCUAAGGUGUGUUUUGGUAGUAUUAUGGCAGCUUUUAAAAUAUAUAUUUAAUGUCCUUAAUGAAGUCUUGUAAUUCACAGAUUCCUUCUAGUU